GUAGAUUCUGAGGCAGGGAUCCGGCUGCGGGGCGCCAUCCGCCACAGCCAUGCAGGGGGACAGCAGCCAACACAGCUGGAGGCUCUGGAGAAUUUCAUGGAGAUCAGCUCUGCCUCACUUUCCCAGAAACCCAGAACCAGGAAAAGGCCUGUGGCUCGGGGCCCCGCUGGAGGCCAGGGUGGCCCAGAGGAGGCUGUCAACGGGGAGCCUCUUUCAGCAGUGGCAGAGGACUCAGCUCAGCUUCAGCCCGGAGAGGAGAUAAUCGCCCUAGAUCUUGACAUACGGGCCACUGUGGUCCGUGUCCUGUGGGAGGCGCUGUGGAGUCGUGUUCAGGAGCUUCCCGACCCGGGGCUGAGUGAGGAGGGGGUGAAGGGCAUCGCUGCUGACAUCGAAGCAGCCCUCUUUGACCUCACACUGGGCACCACCUGCCGCUACAAGACCAAGUAUCGCAGCCUGCUCUUCAACCUGCGGGACCCCAGAAACCCAGACCUGUUUCUCAAAGUAGUUCGUGGAGAUGUCACCCCCCACAACCUGGUGCGGAUGAGCUCAGUCCAGCUGGCCUCCCAGGAGCUGGCCCGCUGGCGGGACCAGGAGGAGAAAAGG